AUGACCAUGGAAGCAGGGGACUCGCAACAAGAUGGCAGUGCAGCAGAUUCUGUGGCAGAGAGUGAUUCUGCUAAUAUACAGUCUCUGUCUGGCCAAAGUCAGAUUUCUGCUCUAGCUCAGGUAGCGUCUGCUACAAAUGCAGAUGAAUCGACAGAAUCGGAGGCUGUAAUCGAUCCUCAGAAGCGCGGGGAAAUACUUUCAAGGAGGCCUUCAUACCGAAAAAUUCUGAAUGAUCUUUCUUCUGAUGCACCUGGUGUCACUAAGAUUGAAGAAGGAAAGCCAGAGGAGGACGGAGCACCCACUGGCAUUCCCACCAUGGCAGUGCCAACCAGCCUUUACCAGACUAGCACUGGACAGUACAUUGCUAUAGCCCAGGGUGGAACAAUCCAGAUCUCUAAUCCAUCAUCUGAUGGUGUUCAGGGGUUGCAGACAUUAACCAUGACAAACUCAGGAGCUCCUCAGCCUGGUGCUACCAUUGUACAAUAUGCAGCUCAAACAUCAGAUGGCACGCAACAGUUCUUUGUACCUGGGAGUCAAGUUGUUGUCCAAGCUGCCACUGGUGACAUGCCAACGUACCAGAUCCGAACUCCGACCACUGCCUUACCUCAGGGAGUUGUCAUGGCAGCAUCCCCAGGAACGUUGCACAGCCCACAGCAGCUAGCAGAAGAAGCAACACGUAAAAGAGAGCUACGGCUUAUGAAAAAUAGGGAAGCUGCAAAAGAAUGUCGACGGCGGAAGAAAGAAUACGUGAAAUGUCUGGAGAGUCGUGUUGCGAUGUUAGAAGUUCAGAACAAGAAACUUAUAGAAGAGUUAGAAACCUUAAAAGACAUUUGCUCUUCCAAGACAGACUAGUGUCAGUACUGAAACUGUGAACUGGCCCUAAAGCAUGUACAGAUGCUUCUACAGGCAGUGUCUAGUCAACAAGAAUUAUGACUUUUUCCUCUGUAUCAUUUGUGUUCUCCCUCCAGCCUCUAACAUUCCUGAAACACUUUUGCUGCAUUUUUAUAUAUUCUUGGUUGACACUUCAGGUCUUUUUCUCACGAGUCUUCAAAAUGAAACAU